AUGACCUCAACAGCUAGUAAGACGUCUUUAAGAUUUUUUGGACUUGGAGGAAGCAAUGAAGUGGGUAGGUCGUGUCAUAUUUUACAAUACAAGGGCAAAACGGUGAUGUUGGAUGCCGGUGUGCAUCCAGCUCACCAAGGCUUAGCAUCUUUGCCCUUUUACGAUGAUUUUGAUCUUUCCACUGUCGACGUUCUUCUCAUUUCACAUUUCCAUUUGGAUCACGCCGCUUCGCUUCCCUAUGUCAUGCAAAGAACUGAUUUCCAAGGACGAGUUUUCAUGACCCAUCCUACAAAGGCUAUUUACCGGUGGCUACUUAGCGAUUUCGUCAAAGUCACUAAUAUCGGUGCCAAUUCUUCCCUCAACGAUAAAGAUGAAAACCUGUACACGGAUGAAGAUUUGGCAGAAUCCUUUGAUAAAAUUGAGACAAUUGACUAUCAUUCUACAAUGGAUGUCAACGGUAUAAAAUUCACUGCGUUCCACGCGGGUCAUGUACUCGGUGCUGCCAUGUUUCAAGUAGAGAUCGCUGGACUUCAUAUUCUUUUCACGGGUGACUAUUCUCGAGAAGUUGACAGACAUUUGAACUCGGCAGAAAUUCCACCACAACCUUCAGACGUUUUGAUCGUGGAAUCCACUUUUGGUACGGCUACUCAUGAACCAAGGCUUAAUCGAGAAAAGAAACUUACACAACUCAUUCAUUCUACCGUUUCAAAGGGUGGGCGUGUACUUUUACCCGCUUUUGCGCUUGGAAGAGCUCAAGAAUUGAUGUUGAUUCUUGAUGAAUAUUGGUCUCAAAACGCUGAAGAACUUGGUGGAGGUCAAGUGCCUGUUUUCUAUGCAUCAAAUUUGGCCCGGAAAUGUAUGAGCGUGUUUCAAACUUAUGUGAAUAUGAUGAAUGACGACAUUAGAAGGAAAUUUCGAGACUCCCAAUCGAAUCCCUUCAUAUUCAAAAACAUAUCGUAUUUGAAAAAUCUUGAUGAAUUCCAAGAUUUUGGGCCCAGUGUGAUAUUGGCUUCACCGGGGAUGCUACAGAAUGGUCUUUCGAGAGAUUUAUUGGAAAAAUGGUGCCCGGGCGAAAAAAACUUGGUACUUAUAACCGGUUAUUCCGUUGAAGGUACUAUGGCAAAAUAUCUGAUGCUUGAACCCGAUGUCAUUCCUUCCAUUUCCAAUCCAGAAGUCACUAUUCCUAGGAGAUGCCAAGUCGAAGAGAUUUCGUUCGCAGCGCAUGUCGAUUUUAGAGAAAACUUGGAAUUUAUUGAGAAAAUUGGCGCUGCCAAUAUCAUUCUUGUUCAUGGUGAAUCCAAUCCAAUGGGGCGUUUGAAAUCUGCAUUACUAUCGAAUUUCUCUUCGCUGAAAGGAACCGACGACGAAGUACAUGUAUACAAUCCUCGGAACUGUGUACCUGUGGACAUGGAAUUUAAAGGCAUCAAAAUAGCCAAAGCUGUAGGGAACAUUGUUGAUGAGGUAAACGAAGCGCUGAAACUGAGCGGAGGAAAAAAAGGGGUAGACGAAGACCAGGACGAAAAUAUCAAGGAGAUAGACGAGGGUACGAUCGUAUCCGGAAUUUUGGUAUCAGACGAAAAGAAUUUUGAUUUAAACCUUGUAUCGUUAUCGGAUUUAAGAGAUCACCACAUGGACCUGUCGACAACCGUAUUGAAAGAAAGGCAGUCGAUCCGCUUGGACUGCCGAAAGGAAUUGGUGUUUUGGCACCUCAAACAAAUGUUUGGUGAUAUCGAAGUGCUUAUCGACGACGCAGGUGUCACGGUGUUGCAUGGGGAUGCUCACGACAAACAUCAUGACGCUGCAAAAGCGAAGGAAAGUGAUGAGCUCGAACUUAAAAUCAUGGGUGACAUCAAAUUGAAUAUUAUAAACGAUGUCGCGACCCUCGAAUGGUCCCAGGGGCUAAUCAACGACACCGUCGCCGAUAGUGUCAUGGCGAUCCUGCUGAGUGUCGACUCGUCUCCAGCGAGUGUCAAACUGAGCAGUCACAGUUGCUCACACGAAUACCACGAUGAACAUGAACUUCAGGAUAGCGAGAUUCAAUGGAAAAUAAGACACAUUGUAAGGCUACUGAAGGAACAAUUUGGCGACAGUCUCUCAUUGCAGAUGGUAGAAACUGACACCAAAACUACCAAGGCAAACGGAAAGCCAAACUACGCAACAGCGACUGUUACAAUUGGCAAAAACACGGCAGAAAUCAACCUCACAGAACUGGGUAUCGUUUCUUGCAAUUCAAAUCCUCUAAAGGGCAGAAUCGAAAGUAUAUUGAGCAUAGCUAGUGAUCUCGUGGCACCGUUGUGCUAG